CCUUAUCGGAAUCUCUCAUAAUUAACACCAAUUAAAGUGUCAGAAAGGCUUUUCCAAUUAUCUUAUUUCUCCCAAAUUACACUCUUUGAUCGUUGCAACAUAAUUAUUGUAAUUAAUUUUAACAUCCCCUUUAACCUCCGGCGGAGGGAUACACCUGUCUCGGCAAUGCGCAUGCGCGAGUAAUAGUGUGGAAAAGUUAGUUAGAAUUCUCGAUUGCCAAUAAACUCUACAAAACCAUCUCCAAGGGGUAAAGUGUGAGUUGGAGGUGUUUAAAACCAGUGUCAAAGGAUAAACAAACAAUCCGAGAAAAAAUGAGUGCACGAUUGCUGAAAGACCCCAGCACAGCGAAUUGUCGUAUAUUCAUUGGCAAUCUCCAGACCGACGAGAUGACGAAGAUGGAGUUGGAGGAGCACUUCUCCAAGUACGGACAAGUAAUUGGUGCCCUGAUGAAUCGAGGUUUUGGGUUUGUCCAAUUUGAGAACGAGGAGUCGGCUCAGGCUGCCAUCAGGAACGAGGCAGGACAGAUGCUCAAAGGACGACGAAUUGACGUGAAGCCUGCGAAGAAAGACGGCAACUCCUCCUUCAGUAAUCAGCAGUUUCCCAACAGAAGUCAACCCCAACGUAACAUGAGCUUUCCCCCAGGACAAAGUUUCACUCCAUCUCAAUCCUUUAGCAGCUCAACUCCUCAAAACACCUCCUUCAACAAUUCAAACCAGCAGAACAGCUCGUUCAAUAGCUCAAAUCAGCAAAAUAGCUCCUUCGAGGAUCCUCCGAAGUCCUCUGAUAACCCUCCCCAGCGAGACUUCACUGAGGACCAGGAGGACGACCUAGAGGAUGACCAGAAGUUUUCUGAAAAUCAGAAUAACAACUUCACUCAGGAUAAGGACGACGAGUUCCCGCAGCACCAGAAUAGAUCCGAGGAGUCCGGUGGCAACUCCAAUGGCUCCAACGCUAACAGCGGACCCAAUAAUAAUCAGGGCAAAGCCAACAAUCAGAAUCGCCCCGGGAACAAUCAGAAUCAGAAUCAAAAUCAGAACAAGAACCAGAACAAUCAGGGUGGCAACCAGACAAGAACAAGAGGCAGUCGUGGUGGAAAGAACAGGAAUAAAAAUCGAGACAACCUGGGGAAUAAUUUCAGGGAUCGGAGUCCACUGAAUCGUGGGAGAGAGGAAAUGACGAGGGAGUGGGAGAUGAACAAAAUGAGGACUGGAUUUGGGCCCAGGGACUACAACGAGCCAAGAUUCGAUGAUCGAUUCAGGGAUAUGAUGCCUGGACCCAAUGUCAGGCCCAUGGGCCAUCCAGACUAUCCGCCUGCUGAGAAAAAUGAUUGCGAGAUCAUUGUCGUUCACAAGAGCUUGACUGAAUACGCUGAGGCCAUCGAGGCUCGACUCAAAAAAAUGGGACUCACUGUUGAUCUUCUGUUUCCUAAUGAGGAGGUGUCACUCAGUCGUGUCCUAGGGAAUAUCGCCAAUCGGGGAUGCUUGUAUGCUGUCGUUGUUGUGCCAAUCAACCUUGAACAUCACUCGUUGACACUCAAUAUUCUUCAUGGACUUCCUCAAGAGCACAGAAAUAUGCCCGUGGAGGACGCCCUGAACCUGAUCAGCCGUGACUUCAGUAAUUAUAAAUCAGGUGGGCGUGGAGUUCCCCUGAACACUCCAUUCACCAGUGAUCGCCAUCCAGACGCCAUUCAGGUGCUACUGAACAUGCUCGCGGACAAUCACCAGCUGACAGUUCUCCAGUACGAUAGAGUUCUCAAGUACCUGGAGAUAAAACGCGAGGAGCAGGUUCAGGUGGAGUUGGGGGACGCCAAGGACAUGCCUGGAGGUACAAUGGGAGUCAGUGACCCCAAACAAGCGGAAUUGCAGUCGAGGAUAUUGAAUAUUCUCAACAGUAACCGACCAAAUGCCAAUGCACCAGCUCCCAGCCCAGUACCAGCCCCAGCUCCAGUUCCAGUCCCACCAGCAACAUGGGCCGCAGACACGUCAACAACAUCGACAUCAUCAACAUCUGGAACUGGAGUGACUCCAUCUCCACUUCUCAACGAUCCAACUGUGCAGAAAGCACUCGACAGUCUUCUCCAGGGAAAUCUCCUCAAGAGCAUUGGAGAUCCGCAGUCGACGACUUCAUCUGCACAACCACUUUUUGCUGCAUUCCCCAAUAUAAAUCGUCUUUAAAUUAUUUUUACUAUUCAUUAAGAAUUAUUUCCUCAGCUUAUUCGUUUAUUCAAUUAUUAUCAAUCUCAAUGAAUACUGUAUUCAUUUUUUACGUGUAGGAGAUAGUCAGAAUUAAAUAAAAUCUUGAUUGUAUCGCCUCCAUUGAUAGAAAAAUGGAAAAAAUGUUAUUUCCACUGAUUAAAUUCGGAUCAAAUCAGUCAAUAUUUAAUUCACGUGUGAAAAAAUUGUAAAAAACUAAAUGGAUUAAAUUAGGAGGGAAUUCAACGUUCGAAAAAAUCAAAUUUAAAGAACAAAAUCAGAAGGGAAAUAGUCGGAAUAAUUAUGAAUUAUCGAUUGAUCCU